AACGGCAAGGACUACUUCAAGCUCCGCAGCUCGUGGGGUGCGGCUUGGGGCGACAAGGGCUACAUCAAGCUCCAGCGCGGUGUCGGUGGCGAUGGUUUGUGCAACGUCGCCGAGUUCCCGGUGUACCCCAAGCUCAAGGGCGCGCCGAUGCCGACGACGGCGCCCGUCCCGACCAAGCCCGCAUGCUAA